AUGAUAUUUAGCAACAACUUAGUCUCUAAAACUCAUUACGAGAUAAUCGGUGUGGAGGAAGAUGCUGGGCAAGAAGAAAUCCGCAAAAAUUACAGAGCUGCCGUUCUCAAUCAUCACCCAGAUAAACUUCAAAAAUCAUCCGGUGCUGAACAUGAGUCGAACAGUCAGUUUUUAAAGGUGCAGAGGGCCUGGGAAGUCCUUGGUGACCCGGAGUCCCGCGCCCUUUACGAUGAUGAACUCAGGAAAUUGAGACUCGAUGCCGAUGAUGUGAGCUUGGAUGAAAUGGCUGUUGAAGAUGUUGGCAGCUAUUUCGAACUAUCAUAUUAUUGCAGGUGCGGGGAUUUGUUCUCGAUUAAUUCGUCUGAGCUGGCUGAAAUGGGAUAUCUUUUAACGAGCAAUGGUUGUCAAAUUUCUUUAUUAACAGCAAACUCGUCUUUACCGGCAUCUAUCGUCCUUCCUUGUGGUUCUUGCUCGCUUAAAAUCCGUUUACUCAUCGAGGCUGAUGUAAAACUUAAAGUUAUGACCGAGUUGAGCUAA